AUGCUCAAUGAAAACUUACCGUCUCAAGUAAUUGAAUAUCAAUGCCAAUAUACAGACCAACUGCUUAAGAAACGCAAGACUUGGCAUGAUGGGAAACUCAAGUUUUUCCGGCUAACGAAUAAAUUCCAACUAUUUGACGAAGAGGGAGUUAUGUUAAGCAGUGAUUUCGUAACCAACAGCAAGAAAAUCGCAAAUAUAUGUGAUGAAGAAGGCUUUGGUGUUGUAGAGCACCAUAUUUUCUCUUCCUACCUUGUCAUAAUUGAACAAGUUCAAUGCGAAUAUACUAAGGAAAUUAAUCUUCAUCAAGACAAGAAUACCAAUGUAAGUCGGCGACAAGUACUAAAAUCAACACAUACCAAGCAAAAAGCUACUGAUAUUACACGACAUAGUCUCUCAUUACAAUUAAACAAACCGUUUAAGCCUCCAAAGCUUAAGAAUGUUAUAAGCAUCAUUUCCACCUCCGCGCCAUAUUCACAGCCGGAACUACCGUCGACAAGUACAAUGGUUACAUCCGAUAACUCCUCAAGCAUGGCUCAUUCACAACCCUGCUAUAGGCGAGUUUCAUUAGAUAACCGUGUGAGAUCCAUAAAGAGAACUAUUAUCCAUGAACCAAUAGUACUUUAG